GGCGUGUGUGUGUGAGGCUGCGGGCGGUUACUGAUGUCGUUGGCUGAGUAUUGAGCUCCCAUCUGACCUACUUUCGUACUUCGCAUCAGCUCAGCGCUGUUUACAGGCGCUCGUGAGCGGAGGAUGUGGACCCGGUAGCGAAAACACGUAGCCGAAACGCCGAGUCGCGUGCUCUCCUCUGCCGCUUUAUCCUGGGAUCCUUCAGUUAGUGUGUUUUGUGCAUAUUUCGUCCCGUGUCCGACUUCAGAGUGGCUCUUUCGUGGGUUGUUUAUGGUGAAGUCGAGCUCACUCGUGACUUCAAUAUGAGAGGCGCGGACGAAGGCAAAAGUGAAGUGUGGACCUGUCCUUAACGCACGGUUCUGCUGUUUCCAUCACUAACUAAAGCAUUUAAGGACUGGCUAGCCGUAAGAACAUAACUGCAGCAUCUCUUGGCUGCCAAUCAUUAGUGGGGUAACACCAGUGGCUGGCUAUCAGAGAUUUGUGAGUAGUGGCUAACCACUGGCAUUGGGUGGUUAGUGUGUGGUGUCUAUUUGAAUUUCUGUGGGUGUUUCGAGUGUAGAAGACACGAAUGGGACACGCCAGCCUUUCCAGACGGCCUGAAUGGGAGAAGGAGUGAGCAUGGACAACCUUUCGGAGUUUGGAGGCCUUUGUCCGUCCACCCGGAGGGAAUGGGACACAGGCAGCUGUGUGGAUGAUUUAAUGGAUGAAGAUGAGAAGGACAAAGCAAAAAGGGCGUCCCGUAAUAAAUCAGAGAAGAAGAGAAGAGACCAGUUCAAUGUUCUCAUUAAAGAGCUGUGUACAAUGCUGCAGGGUCAAGGUCACCCCCGCAAGAUGGACAAAUCCACCAUCCUGCAGAGGACCAUUGACUUCCUGCAGAAACAGAAAGAGAUCACUGCGCAAACAGAAUCUUGUGAGGUCCGGCAGGACUGGAAGCCUUCUUUCCUCAGCAACGAGGAAUUCACCCAGUUAAUGCUGGAGGCAUUGGAUGGUUUCCUAAUAGCUCUUACUACAGAUGGGAAUAUCAUAUAUGUAUCUGACAGUGUCUCGUCUCUCAUUGGUCAUCUGCCGUCAGAUAUGGUGGACCAGAACAUUUUGAACUUCCUGCCAGAACGAGAGCACGGAGAGGUGUAUAAACUUCUGUCAUCACACAUGCUCUUGACGGAGCCUUCUGCUGUGGACCUACUCAACAGCAAUGAGACGCAUGUUGAGUUCUGCUGUCAUUUAGCAAGGGGGAACAUUGACCCGAAAGAACCACCCACGUACGAAUAUGUCAAAUUUGUUGGAGAUUUCAAGUUUCAUAAUAAUGUGCCUCUGUCCUCAUGUAACGGUUAUGAGCUGGCAUUCCCACGCACGCUGCAGUCCUCACUAGAGGAGCAGAUCUGUCUCAUAGCCACAGUGAGACUUGUGACCCCUCAGUUCCUGAAGGAUCUGUGCAACGUGGAGGAUGUGUGUGAUGAAUUCACAUCAAGACACAGUCUGGAAUGGAAAUUUCUCUUCUUAGAUCACAGGGCCUCUCCUAUCAUUGGGUACCUGCCGUUUGAGGUUUUGGGGACCUCGGGUUAUGAUUACUACCAUGUGGACGACCUGGAGCUGAUUGCUCAGUGUCAUAAACAAUUGAUGCAGUGUGGGAAAGGAAAGUCCUGUUACUAUCGGUUUCUGACUAAAGGGCAGCAGUGGAUCUGGCUACAGACACACUAUUACAUCACAUACCACCAGUGGAACUCCAAACCAGAGUUUAUCGUCUGCACACACAGUGUGGUCAGCUAUGCUGAAGUCCGAGCAGAGAGAAGGAGAGAGUUUGGAUUGGAGGAAAGCUCAUCUGAUAUGGCAACAUCUUCAAUCAAGGGGCAGGAAGUGUUUUUGGAUAUGUGUCCUCCUUUGGAUGCUACACGGGAAAGAAUCAGCAGCGCUCGAUCAGUGUCAUCACAAAGCUCUAGAAAAUCAUCACACACAGCACUGUCUGACUCUGCAUCGAACUCAUCUGUGAGGUACACAGAAGCGUGCACUUCGUCACGGCAGUCUGUUUCCAUUGGUCCUGAGAAGAGUUCCAGCAGAAUGCCACAUAGUGGAUCAAAGGCCCUGAUUCAGAGGCAGAGCUCCUCUGAACCCACGUCACUCUCCCCCUCCUGCAGUCAGCAUUCCACUAUGACACAGUCUCUGUACGGAUUCCAGCAGCCUCAGUUAGGCGUCAUGCAUCAGCUGAAAGAGCAGCUAGAGGAGCGGACACGCAUCCUACAGGCCGACAUCAAAACACAACAACAAGAGCUGCACGACAUUAAAGAGAAACUACAACUCGCUAAUCUACAGAUGUCACUCCAGCAGCCGAUACAGGGAGAGUUUACCAGUUCUGGUCUGCAGCAGCAGGGUCCAGGCAGGCCGUCCCAACACAGCACCCACCCUCAACACUGUGUUUCACAUUCAUCACACACACUGCUCAGAGAACAGCCCAGUAGCUCAUCUGCUCAGGGGCAGCAGAGACUGGUUCAGACUGGACACAUGCAGGCCGUCAGUGUUCCAAUGCAGACACACACCAGUCUCACCACACCCUUCUAUAGCAACCCAGUGAUGUUCUCACCCAACCACGGACACCGAAACCAGCACGACACACACUGCCAAAGACACACAGACUACAGCCAAGACGGACAGCUACGGAUGCUACUAAACCAACCAAUGCAGACGCUUGUACCAGACAGCAAUGGGGGGGCCCAGUCUUCCCAAUGCAGCUCGACUAUUCAACAAACCAAAUAUCCUCUGGACCAGCAGAUGAUGGCUCCUUCCUUCCCUGUGCAGCAGGUGAAUUGCAACGCUGUGCUUGUCCCUUCCCCCGUCUUCACCUCACCAAUCAUGAUCCCCCAUAAUAGUUUCAUCACCCAUCAGGCCACGCCCACCUACACGCCUCACCCGUCGGCUGCCCCACACAGCUUACCACUACAACAACCUCAGCAGUUCUUUCAGAUGCAGCCUCAGGGUCUGAUUCACAGUGCUCCCACUCAGGCCUUAUUCCACACCCAUAGCAUUCCGCAGCAAAGUACUGUGGGAUACGUACAGCCACAACAGCAGCAACAACAACAACAGCAUCAUCACUCACAGUCCGGGAACCUGUCGGACUACAGAAACAUUCUCCCACGGUAGCCCCGCCACCUGGAAAAGCCAAGAGGUUGCCGGGAAAGCACGUUGAGCGUUUAGCUCAGAAAGGCAUGAUGGGAAGGGACUCUCUCGGCUCAGGGGAAGGCUCACGAGCGAGCCAAACCAAAAUCGAGAAAGCCAAAGUCCCUCAAAGUUCCCAUGACAGCAAAUGAUGGUGAUAACACCACAAGGCCCAAGGACUCUGCCUGGCCUGGACUGUACUGGAUGCUGGGAUACGUAGGAAGAGCCUGCAGGGGUGUGAUCCAUCUGUUAUUCAUGGAGACAGAGGUCACAGAGCAGUCAAGCAGGCACUUUGAUCGAUACGUAAAGGACAGAAAGCCGUGGAGGGUUUUUGGUACUGUAAUGUUACAGUUAUCUGGACUUUUUAACACAAACAUACACAAAUAAGACAAAAUCAAUGAAUGCCCAAGUAAUGCCUUGACAGAGCUUAAACUCUGCUGCGUGUGUUCUGCCCUCAAUCGCAUACUAAAAUACUAACUAAAAGAGAAAUCGCCCCAACAAGAAGAAGAAAAAUACACGGUCAUGAACUGUUUUUCAUGCAUAAUAUUUCAUGUGUGUGUGAGCUGAUGGGAGGAGCUGGGCAUAAUUCAGCAAAGACCCAAAUAUAUUUUAAAAAAUAAAUAAAUUGGCUUUCUGUUAUCAUGUGCAGAGCAGGUUCGCCCCCACGUAAAGAAACUUGAAUCACAAUGUAUAUUUCAAAUAUUUAAGAACACUUUAAAAGUUCGCACUAGGGCAAACUUUCCUACUGCUGAGUUCAACUCAAUCCCUGUUACUCUUUGUUUCUCGAUCCACUGUACUGUACAUAUAGUUUCUGCACAUAUUGGGUUCCGGAUCAUCAUAUUUCAGUACUUUUAUUUCAUAUUUAGGUCAGCAUCUAAACAUAGCUGCUCAUGAGAAGCACGUUGGCUUCCCUGAUCGAACAGUUCUUUAAGUUUUCAGCCGUGCUUGUGGUCCGCAUGUCCACACAGUAAAUCUACAUUGAUUUGAUGUCAAUAUGAGCACAACAGAUGUGCUUUAAUAUUUAGUUUCAGUAUUACACAGGGAUGAAGCUCUGUCUAAUUUAUGCUUCGUAGAAGAGGGACUUUGUGAUUGUUUUUUGGUGGUGGGCGCAAGUGCCGCAGCAGUUAAACUGCAAAAAUGAAGAUAUAAAAUAAUGACAGGUUGAAUGAUUGAAGACAAUCAUAAUGUCAGGGCUGCAGAAAUGGAAAUGUUCUCAUCUGCCUGUAACUUGGGCAAAGUGUUUCACAAAUACAACGCAAAUAUUAGUAAACAAAACACUUUUUAUUUACUUUUUAUUUUUCCCAUGACAUUUUUUUAAUUAUUUUUGGGGAGUUGAUGUAGACACGCAAGUUGUGAACACUUAAAGACUAUUGGGACAGGGAAAAAAUCUGACUAUUGGAAAAUCAUUU